CGGAGGCUCGGGCAGCAGGAGGAGCGUGUGAGUUGUGGGCGUCCCUUUAAGAGCGGCCGUCCGAGCCGGCCUCCGCCUUUCAGUCCGCCGAGCGCCGCCGGUCACCUGAGGCUCGCAGGGCAGCCGGCUGGCGGCGGGGCCGGCCGUCUCGCUAGAGGAGCCGGGAGACGCGCGACCCGGACGCCAGGUGCCGGGAGCCGACUGCGAGCGUGCCCGGCCGGCGCCCGUCCGCCACGGAGGAUGCGGGAGCGCAUCUGGGCGCCGCUGCCGUUGCUGCUACCCUGGCUACUGCUGCCGCCGCCGCUGUGGAGCGGCCCCCCGGACAGCCGGCACCCGGAGCGGGAGCCCGAGCCCGGGCCUUUGCAGCCCUUCGACCUGCUCUACGCCAGCGGCGUGGCCGCCUACUACAGCGGGGACUACGAGCUGGCUGUGCGCGACCUGGAAGCCGCUCUGCGCAGCCACCGGCGCCUGCGGGAGAUCCGCGCGCGCUGCGCCCGCCACUGCGCCGCCCGCCGCCCGCUCGCGCCGCCCGGCGCUGGCCCGGGAGCCGAGCUGCCCUUCUUCCGCGCGCUGCUCGAGCGGGCGCGGUGCUACCGCAGCUGCCAGAGCCAGCGCCUAGGGGGGCCCGUGUCCCGCCACCGCGCCAGCGAGGAUGUGCGCAGCGACUUCCAGCGCAGAGUGCCCUACAACUACCUGCAGCGGGCCUACAUCAAGCUUAACCAGAUGGAAAAGGCAGCAGCAGCAGCACACACAUUUUUCAUGGCCAACCCCGAGCACAUGGAAAUGCAGCAGAGUAUCGAGAAUUACAGAACGACGGCGGGCGUUGAAGACCUCCAACUGGUAGACCAGGAGGCCAGACCACACCUGGAGAGUUAUAGUGCAGGAGUCAAACAUUAUGAAGCUGAUGACUUUGAACUAGCUAUCAAGUACUUUGAACAAGCUUUAAGAGAAUAUUUCAAUGAAGACAUGGAGUGCAGAGUCCUGUGUGAGGGGCCUCAGAGAUUUGAGGAAUAUGAAUACCUAGGGUACAAAGCUGGUCUCUAUGAAGCCAUUGCAGAUCACUAUGUGCAGGUGCUGGUUUGUCAGCAUGAAUGUGUGAGGGAGCUUGCCACACGCCCCGGCCGCCUCUCGCCAAUCGAGAACUUUCUUCCCCUGCACUAUGACUACCUACAGUUUGCCUACUAUCGAGUUGGCGAACAUGUAAAAGCCUUGGAGUGUGCCAAGGCCUAUCUUCUACUGCAUCCAGAUGACGAGGAUGUCCUCGACAAUGUGGAUUACUAUGAGAGUCUACUGGAUGACAACCUUGACCCAGCAUCUGUCGAGGCCAGAGAGGAUUUGGCGAUGUAUGUGAAGCGGCAUAAGCUGGAAUCAGAGCUAAUAAAAUCAGCUGCAGAGGGUCUGGGAUUUUCAUACACUGAACCAAAUUAUUGGAUUCGUUAUGGAGGAAGACAAGAUGAGAAUAGGGUCCCUUCAGGAGUGAAUGUGGAGGGGGCAGAAGUUCAUGGAUUGUCAAUGGGGAAAAAGUCAUUGCCCAAGAUAGGCCGAGACCUAAGAGAGGGUGGCCCUCUGCUCUAUGAGAACAUCACGUUUGUCUACAACUCGGAGCAGCUGAACGGGACUCAGCGCGUCCUCCUGGAUAACGUCCUGUCGGAGGAGCAAUGCCGGGAGCUGCACAGCGUGGCCAGUGGGAUCAUGCUUGUUGGUGAUGGAUAUAGAGGAAAAACUUCACCCCAUACACCCAAUGAAAAGUUCGAAGGUGCAACUGUCCUGAAAGCACUCAAAUUUGGUUAUGAAGGCCGAGUCCCCCUGAAGAGCGCCCGUCUGUUUUAUGACAUCAGCGAGAAGGCUCGAAAGAUUGUAGAAUCCUAUUUCAUGCUGAACUCAACCCUGUAUUUUUCCUACACGCACAUGGUCUGCCGCACAGCCCUGUCGGGUCAACAGGAUAGAAGAAAUGACCUCAGUCAUCCCAUCCAUGCUGACAACUGCCUGCUGGAUCCGGAGGCCAAUGAAUGCUGGAAGGAGCCUCCUGCUUACACAUUCCGGGACUAUAGUGCUCUCCUAUAUAUGAAUGAUGACUUUGAAGGAGGAGAAUUCAUAUUCACUGAGAUGGAUGCCAAGACUGUGACUGCCUCUAUAAAACCAAAGUGUGGGCGCAUGAUCAGCUUCUCGUCUGGAGGAGAGAACCCACAUGGGGUGAAGGCAGUCACCAAGGGCCAGAGGUGUGCUGUGGCUCUGUGGUUUACCUUGGACCCACUUUAUAGAGAAUUGGAGCGAAUACAGGCCGAUGAAGUGAUCGCGAUCCUGGAUCAAGAACAGCAUGGGAAGCACGAACUCAAUAUCAAUCCCAAAGAUGAGCUAUAAAAAUGAGAAAAAGAGUACUCUAUCAAAUAUUUAUUUAAAUUGUUAAUCUUAUGAGAACUUUUUUAUUUUUGUACAGAGCCACGGUAUAAAUUAACAUGUUAAUAUGAGUCAGCGAAUCUCCCUUCUGUGCCUAAGGAUGCUUGCUUUGCCUCAGUCUGUCUGUCUGUCUUGGUUUUCCCAGCAGAUUGUCUCUCAAAGCCCAGUCACCCCUUCCCCACCGUGCACAUGCUCACGUGUGCGCGCGCACACACACACACACACACACACACACACUUCAUUUGCUGCAGAUCCUAAAACUCAAGCAGAAAGAAUAAGUCCUUUCCUGGCGAAACAACUCCCAUGCAUGCCCAGAUCUAAAGUUAGAGUGUGAUUGGACUCAGAAGGCUUUUCUGGCUCUGUGCCUUUCAGCCAAUGUCUCUCCCAGAGCUGAUGGCUGUGACUCUGAAGAGUCUAUGGCGAGGUCAGAACUGCUUCAAGUCACUGCCCUGAGGGCCCCCCAGGCUCUGCAAAGGAGCAGCUCUGAUGAAGACUGUGAGAUGGAGGGGUCAGCCUCCCCAGGCCUGGGUGGAGUUUUUGACUCUGGUGUUGUUAGCACAGAGCACCCUUACACUGGAAGCUUUGAUUCACCCUCCACUAUGCACUAGUCCAGAAAGGUCUGCCCUAGGAUUGCUGUCUUUAAAAAGUGUUGUUCAAGGGUUGAAGUAGAAUGGCUCUUCAUCCCAGCAGUUCUGGAAGAAAAUCUUUAAUCCUACCUGAAUGUGGGCACCAUGGCUACAUUGCCCGAGAGAGGGAUGUUUUGUUCUUCAGGGAGAAAAAAUGGAUUUCUGGUUGAUUCCACUCUUCAUCUGAGUGUAUUUUGAGCCCCCCUUCCCCUUCCCCCACCUUUGGCGCUCUCCAGCUCAUGGAUUUUAGUGUUUGUAUCUGAUUUGUUUAAUAAAGGGAGGCUUGUUUUAA